AAAAUAUAUCUAUUACAAUUUCAAACUACCUGCCUUAAUGAAUAUUCAAAUAAAUUCUUGGCUAUUACUCGCCUAUAUCUGUAGCAACGUCUGUUAUAAUUCACACGCAAUAUGAAGUACAUUAUCACUUGACCGACGACCUGUUGUACUCAAUAGUAAAUAAGGGGAAUAUCUAGUCAACUUACAAUGGAUAUGAUGCAAAUGGUGUCAUAUGGUAUUGUGUUGGUGCUGCUUUACACAACCAAUGUAUCUGGCGACACCUGCCCUAACGGAUGGACCCGACAUGAUAUAUCCUGCUAUUUCUUCGUCGACAUACCGGAAACAUGGCAGGACGCCUCCGCACAUUGCGAGGCACUCAACUCUCAAUUGGCUGCCAUUGAAACGGAGAGGGAAGAUGUGUUCAUUAGGGGUUACCUGCUUCAUCUUCAUGCCCACGAUUCCACAGCUUCAGUAAGAUACUGGCUGGAUGGGACAGACAUUGCUACAGAGACGGAAUGGACAUGGGGAUACUCGGAGGAGCCGAUCACAGGAUAUACUAACUGGUGUCCACACCAACCAGACAACUACAACUCCAACGAAGACUGUUUGAGGCUGGCGAAAUUCUGUGGAUUCGGCUGGGACGACGGGAAAUGUGAAGCUCAACAUUAUUUUAUCUGUGAAAGACAAGACAAAGACGUUCCAUUACCAGAUGUGGAACCUAAUGAAAUUGGAAUCAUUGGAUGAUGACUGACGCUGACGGACUGUCUAAAUUAGAUUUAACGUGAUAUUUUAAAUACUGUGAUCCAUGUCUAAGGCAUAUAAAUAAAACUCUAUUUAUUUUGUGUU